CCCCCGGUAUAAGCGGCGGGGGGCGGGGCUCUCGCUCUCUCUGCGCUUCGCUCGCAAGAUGGCGGAGGCGACCAACUGCACCAUGGAGAAUUUUGUAGCCACCCUGGCUAAUGGGAUGAGCCUGCAGACUGCGGUAGAAGAUGUGUCCUGCCCCCAGGCUGAGAGCAGCGUGAAGCCCACGGCCGAGGAGAUGACGUCCAAGGAUUAUUACUUCGACUCCUACGCCCACUUCGGCAUCCACGAGGAGAUGCUGAAGGACGAGGUUCGCACUCUGACCUACAGAAACUCCAUGUUCCACAACCGGCACCUCUUCAAGGACAAGGUGGUUCUGGACGUGGGCAGCGGCACUGGGAUUCUCUGCAUGUUCGCGGCCAAGGCGGGCGCCAAGCGGGUCAUCGGGAUCGAGUGCUCCAGCAUCUCCGACUACGCCGUCAAAAUCGUCAAAGCCAACAAGCUGGACCAUGUGGUGUCCAUCAUCAAGGGGAAGGUGGAGGAGGUGGAGCUGCCGGUGGAGAAGGUCGACAUCAUCAUCAGCGAGUGGAUGGGCUACUGCCUCUUCUACGAGUCCAUGCUCAACACCGUCAUCUACGCCCGCGACAAGUGGCUGACCCCCGACGGACUCAUCUUCCCUGACCGGGCCACCCUGUACGUCACGGCCAUUGAGGACCGGCAGUACAAGGACUACAAGAUCCACUGGUGGGAGAACGUCUAUGGCUUCGACAUGUCCUGCAUCAAGGACGUGGCCAUCAAGGAGCCGCUGGUGGACGUGGUGGAUCCAAAGCAGCUGGUCACCAACGCCUGCCUCAUCAAGGAGGUGGACAUCUACACGGUGAAGGUGGAGGACCUGACGUUCACCUCGCCCUUCUGCCUGCAAGUGAAACGCAACGACUACAUCCACGCGCUCGUGGCGUAUUUCAACAUCGAGUUCACCCGCUGCCACAAGCGCACGGGCUUCUCCACCAGCCCGGAGUCGCCCUACACCCACUGGAAGCAGACGGUGUUCUACAUGGAGGACUACCUGACGGUGAAGACGGGCGAGGAGAUCUUCGGCACCAUCAGCAUGAAACCCAACGCCAAGAACAACCGGGACCUGGACUUCACCAUCGACCUGGACUUCAAGGGGCAGCUGUGUGAACUGUCCUGCUCCACGGAUUACCGCAUGCGCUAGGCCCCCGUGUGGCCCCCCUGUCCCCCCCCUCCCGGGGCGGGCCCAGGGCCCUUCUCACGGCCAGGGGGGCACAGAGCUGCCACUGACUCCCCCCUCCCUGCGCGGCCCUGGGGGGGGCUGAUUGUCUCCCUCCGCCCUGGGGCCCCCCACCCCUCCCUCCCGUCUGCUUUUAAACCAGCGACCCCCCCCAGUAACUAAGUACCUCACUGCCCCCCCCUGCCCCAGGACACCCACGAGGGGCUCUGGGGCCCGGCUGAUUCCCUCUGCUCUGGUGGGGGGGGCUGCCCUAUUUUUUAGCUGGGGGGGCAGGUCGGGGGGGCUAUGGGGAGGGUCCCCAGUUUGUGUUUUGCUGACGGUUCUGUCCCCCCCCCCUUUUACCCCCUCCCGGUUGACACAUCGUGACUGUUUCAUAAGUUAUGUUUUUAUAUGGCUACAUUCAUGAGAAAAUAAAGAGAUGAAACGGG